AUGGCCUUGAGCUAUCGAAAGCGCAGCUUGUCGCAGCUGAGCGAUGAUGCACUGCCGCCUUGUAAAGUCCAGUUGCAGUCCCACGACCAGCCUUCCCGUGGUGCGCAUGCAGCUGUGCCAGCUGAUGGCAAGGUCACACUCUUCCGAGUCUUGAAGGUUCCAAGGGCUAAGAAAGCUGCAGCAGCUGAAGCCCAAGCGAAGAAUGUGAAGCUCUUGACCUCGCCUGUGGUGUAUUCGGGGCAACGACCAGAGCAUGCCAAGCCUACUUGUCAAAGCGUGGCUCACAGGUUGAAUGUGACAGUGAUUGCCGUCGCAUCCUGGAACUUCGAAUGCGUGAAGGCCUUUUGUGCCAAGGGCGUGAGCAAGUCGGGGAAGAUGCGUGGAUUAGCGGAUCCGCGCUCAAACUUGGUGAGCUCAGUGCAUGCAUGUCAGAUUCAAGUCAAACCUGAUGAAAUGACCCACCUUGGCCAGGAGUUUGAGAAACGGGGCUUCUAUCUUCUGUGGACUGUGGUCAAACGGGACCGGGUCUUUAUCGUCGCCUUGAAGAAAGGGACUGGCCAAUCUUUCUUCGAGGUAACUUGUGGCCAUUCUGGUUUCCCAUCUGACGAGUGGGAGUGGGUCGAAGCAGAUGCAGAUGAUAAUGAUCCCAAUCCUCCUGAAACUGAGGCAGUGGUAGUCACGGGUGGUUUGACGGAUGAGGUGAAGGUGACUCGCAGCAGCAGCAAGCUGAUUCAGCUUCUUCGCAAGAUGCAUCAUAGUCAUGGCAGAACUAACCAGAAAUUUGCCAAUUUCAUGGAUGGUGGCUGUUCCGAUGCUGCUCCUGCGUUGGUGCUUGCAAGUGGCGAGCCUUCAGAAGUGAAGGUUGAGCUGACGGCCUUAUCGGAUGAUGAGGUUCCCAGACAGCCUUUAAAAUGUGAUGCCUCAAGCAGCUCAAAACUGCGUCGAAGGAAGUCUGACAAGAAGAUUUUGGAUCUCUCCACGGCGCGAGCCAAAUUUUCCAAGCUGGUUCGCUCAGUUUGUCCAUGUGCAAAGACUGGCAAGACAUUGAACUGCUUCAGCCAGUUUCGCAACGAAGUGGAUGUAGCAGAUCUUGCGCAACAGUUUAUUCGCCUGCGGAAACUUUCGAAUGCUGACAUGGAUUCGGAGGUGAUGGCUAUGAUCCGCACAAAGCUGGAAGGCUUGGAGACUUUUACCCGCAAAGAACGUGUGAUUUUGAAACGCCCGGUCUGUCAACAGGGCUUUCGAAAAAUACUUGGUGUGGGUGCCACACGGUACUCCAAAUUGACCAAGUCCGUUGCUUUGGGUCAACCGGCUCCUUUGGAUGGUAGAUCCCGCCCUCGACAAGAUGACGGGUCACAGCCUGGUUCCAUGAGAAAGCGGGCCUUGGUAUUGGAGUUUUUGGAAGAGUUGCGGCAAACUGUUGCGGAAGCAAUGCCUGAGGCUUCAGGCAAGCGGAAAGCCAGUGCUGAUGGCCAAGAUUUGCACCCAUCAACCAAGUUCAGACGCCUUCGUGGGAAGAAGCCCGGGAAAUGGAAGAGGAUCGCAACUUGUUCCAGAAGUGACAAGGGGCCAGGGCCAUCGAAACCUGAAGUGUCGGAACCUGUGAUGAGGCUGCUUCCGCCUGGCAGUUUCAGUGAUUACUUCCGCCUUCUGCAGGCCAAGCACCCUGAGGUCUGGAAGAUUCAUUACGCAGCAAAAUUGGGCAUUCGGCCGAAGAGCAACCAUGCACAAUGUGCCGUUUGUGUCAGACACCGGAUGUUGUUGAAAAAAAUGGCCAGCGACACUCUUGGCCGCGCUUCUCAGAUGAAGCGCUACAUGGCGCAUUUGCAGCGUCAAUACCGUGACAGGAUCUGCUAUUGGCGUGCCAGGUCAAUUUCCAGACUGCCAGCUUUGCAGUGCAGUGGGCCCAGCGUUUGUUUAAUAACAGACGCUAUGGAUCACACGAAGUUCCGAUUUCCAAGAACAUUGCUGGCAUCCUCCAAAGAAUUCAGUGGCUUCAUAAGGCCAUGUUUGGACAUGAGCGCAGUCCUUUGCCACGGGCACCACGUGGUUCUGGCCGCAAGCCUCCCAUACCUCAAGAAGGAUGCCAGUUGGUGUUGCGAUUUGAUUUGCCACAGCUUACACCUCCUGUCUUCGAAGAUGGACCUUCGGGGUGUGGAGGUGUUAGUCCAAAGCGACAACACCUCCCGAGAGGUGAAGAACAACGUAGCAACGCGCCUGAUGGGAAUGCUUGUGGGGUGUCACAAACUGAAGAGGAUGGAGCUCCGAUGCUUAGCAUCGGGGCACAGCCACGAGGACGUGGACCAAUACUUUAGUUGCAUCAGUUCAGAAAUUGAGCGGCACCAGGAACUUGCCACACCGACUGACUUUGUUGAGAUGCUCCAGCGGUUUCAUGAUGAAGGUGCUGGCAAAAGCAUCCGGCCGAACGAACCUUUGCGAAUCAGCUGCCUUGUUGGUGCAACCAGGGAUUGGAACCGUGUCGACCUCUCCAAUUGUCAAAGUCGGUUUUGGAGAAAGUUUGGUGUGGCGCCUGAGGGGGAUGAUGUCAUCCUGAGGACCAAACAAUACAUGAGCGAUGAGAAUUGGAAAGGAGAGGAACCCUUUCGAAUGGUCCGUGCAGCUGACUAUCUUGAGAAGCUUGCGCGAAACCAGUUGGAACGAUCAGCACCCAACGCAAUGAAUUUGGUGACGGAGAAAUUGCCACGUGUUGUCUUGGACCGCUAUAGGGUCCGCAGGAAGGCUUACCAUGUGUAUCGCGCAGCAGUGCGGCUGUGGGGUGAGGGGAUGGACUUUCAACGUGCUUUAUCCAUAGUCGAGAGCGCUUUCAGUGCUGCAACAUGGGAGUGUGAGGGAGAAAGCCAAAGCAUCGUCCCAGCCAAUGUGAAUGUCGUUGACAGUCCGCACAAAGCCAUGCCCGUAGGUCUGACAGGUGAAGCGUGUCCUCUGCCCAAGUUUACUGCUUUCUGCUAUUUCCCAGCAGGGCUCAAUUUGCUUCAGUUUCACAUGCAUGGACCGUGUGAGAGGAAGCAAGUUUGUGAUGAACAUGGCUCAAUGGCGAACUUUUUCGAGCGUCGCUUCGCCAAUAAGGAUGCAGCCAUUGAAUUUCUGAAAUUCAUCAAUGAGAAUUUCCCUCCAGAGCAGGGCCUCAAAUAUGCUAAUCCGCAGACACAUCGGACGGGUGGUGGAGCACUGUUGCGUCCGUGGAUGAUGACGGAUCCUGACCUUGGAGGAGUAGAAAAAGUGACUGUGUCAUCUCUACGGCCUGAGCUUGGACUUGCGCCCGAGCAUUCCUUGUUGCUCAGUGACCUAGACGGAUGCGAAAUCGAGGAUGUUGGCUUUGCAGACCCACAUUCAUUCAGCUUCGUGAAAGGCUACACCAGAAUGUUUUGCUGUUACACUGUGCUGCUGUGUUGCCACUUGCAGCCGGGUUUCAUGGAGGCGCUGGAUGACAAAGUUCGAAAGAUGCUUGGUAUGACACUGAGCAGCUCAGUGCGAAGGAAGCCCAACUGCUUUAACCUUUUGCACCAGAUGCGUCUGCUCAAACGCAUGCAAGUCACGGAAGAUGCAUGGAUGACUGCCGGUCAGUUGGCUUCGUCAUACCAGUUGGGGCGGGCUGAAAGUGGAGCUGCUGCAGCGCUCUUGAACCACGUGGAUGGGCCAGUGGUGGAAGCACUCACCGGCUUGGUCGGGCGAUACACCAUGCAUCGGUUUCUCACGCACGACGCAGUCAAAGAGGGAGUGUUCAACAGAGAUUUUUGUUCUGCACAUGGGGCGUUCAGUGCCUGGCCGGAUGACCUCACCAACACCGAUGGCACUCUAAGUCUUUUGCUGAAAAGGCUUGAGUCGGAUUGGCUGGCUCUCAACCCCAAGCUCCGGAAGCCUUACACAGCUCGGGAUGUGGAUACUUGGCAGCAUGAAUGUCGGAGAAACAUUGCAGCGUGUGUGCAGCGCAUUCCUCGCCGCAUGGCGGGUGUUCGAGUCAAGAUUUCCCAGUUUAUGUUCCGGCACCUGGAUGCUGAUCUGACAACCAUGCUUGAGAUGAAGGUCCCACCCGCUCCACUGGAAUGUGUGACUGCAUUCGCUGCAGCUGUCGUGAAAUUUGAGAAGCAGGUCGCAGAACAGCGGGAGGAGGCUGAAGAAGCGUUGCUUGACAUUCAUUCAAAAAGACCUCUGCUGGUGGAUGAAGCGGUGGACAUCGCCAAAGGAGUUUGCACGGCAAAUUCCAAUUGCAUUCUCCUCGUUUUGCUUCCUCAGCAAAAUGCGUCCAUUGAGUCAUCCGCCAUCACUGCUCACCGGAGGGCUUUGGAAGACCGCCUGUCGACUUUGGAGAGCUUUGAAAUGGGUUUGUACUUCAAGGAUUCUGGACACGGGGGUUUGGCAGCAGUGCAACCAGUUCACCGGUCCACUUUUGGUUUUGCGAAGUCGAAAGCAUUGCUUGGCUUGAUUGGCCCGGUGUCCAGAGCCAGAGUGAUGGACCUUUGGAGUGACGACUUGGUCAUUCAACGUGGUGUCCCGGGGACACGCGAGAUCCUCGAAAGUUUCGUUGACGGGCUAGAGCUUCCAGAGGGUGAUCGAACACCAAUCUUUGUGGUUGAUCUAAUGGUGACGCGGUACAACGAGUGGGGAAGAGCUUGCUGGGAGCUGCAGCAUGCCAACUUCCAGAACAAGGGCAGAGGUGUGGCUGCGCAGCUGGACUGGCGUUUUCUGGCAUGUGUGUCAGAAGAUGACACUUACGUGCUCAACAUCGCGGAAGUCCAAAAUUGGAUGGCUGGUCACAUCAUUGCUGCCAGGAGUAUUGGGAUUCAUCUUCAGAGGCAGGCCCAGCAACUCGGGCCGCUGCCCCUUUUGACGCUGCCAGCAAGUUGGAAGUCCACGUUGGGCUUGCGAGCGAACGAAAUUGAGAAGCUGGUGUCGAAGUGGAAUGCUGGCAGAUCUCCGUCUGGGUGCGCUGCCUUGGGCCUGGGGCAGGCCGCUGCCAAGGCAACGCCGAGGCCAAGAGGUGCAGCUCAGGCUGCCAAUGCCCGCACCCAGUGUGAGCCGUCCUUCACACCGGAGGAUGCCCCACUGCCCUGUGCAUCGACACGUGCUGCUACGGAAGACAAGCUGGAGAUCAUGCUGACGUCCGACAACAAGCUGUGGCUGUGCAAUUUUGGCGGUGACGACAUUCAGUGUGGCCCUGCAGAGCUCUUUGGUUACAACCUGGGGAGCUUCCAAGAGAAGCCCCGUGUUGCGCUUUCCCAGCAAGAUGCUGGGAUCAUUUUCAACUUGACCCAAGACACAGACCUCCUGGCCUUUGUGGAUGGCAAGAAAACACCUAUGUGCUUCGCGAACCUUGCGUGUUUGGUGGCCAAGACCACAGGUCUUACCGAACUGACGUUGGAGGAUCACAGCAUCACCCAGAGGUUUGCGGAGGACGGGACCCCACUGCCUUUCCGAUAUGACAUCAAAGGGAACCCCAAGCUGAAUUUUUUCGAACCGAAGAAGCUGCCUGAAUCCGAUGGCAGCUCAAUGAUGGAACUUCGCUACAGCAUGUUUGGGGCUGUGUAUCUCGCACGUGAUGGUGGCUUGAAGCAUGUGAAGAUGGAGCAUUCCAGAGUGCGAACUUUGAAGCCGAAGUUUUGGCUUUUGUGUAGCGUCAAUGUCAAGGUGCUGUCAGAUGAUGACGGCCAUGGUGGCCCCAACACAGGGUCAGCGUCAGCCGCCGCCGCAGUUCUGACUGCAGCCAAGUCCAAAGCCAAGGCCCGCGAGCCUGAGGCCGAUGCGGAAGCAGGGCCAGAGGCCGUGGGUGAGCCUUCAAAAGUUAAAAGUCAAGCUGAAGGUGAGGAUGAAGAGCCGGCGAUGGCACCCAAAGCGAAAGCCAAGGGGGCCGGGAAAGCCAAGGCCAAAGCAGGAGCGAAAGGUAAAGCCGCUCCUAAGGUGAAAUCCUCAGCCAAGAAGCGGCCGGCCGCGGCAAUCAGCUCUGGCUCUCCGCAAGAGGCUGAAGCUGUGGCUGAUGAGGCUGCUUUGGAUGAGGUUGAAGCAGCAGGCGCUGGAGCAGCUCCUGAUGCUGAGGCGCCUGCGCCUUCCGCUCCGAGACGGCCUGCUAUGAGACGCCCUGCUGCGGCGCAGAGUCAUGCUUUGAAAGCCACGAAGUAUAUGUACCACAAAGACCAGAAAUGGGGGUGCAAGGUUAAUGGAAAAGAGCAGCUUACGGCGAUGAUGAUGGGAGAAGCUGCUGCAGCAACUAUUCGGGCUCGGGUGACGUUGACCUCAGCAGAGGCUGCGCCAGCUGCUGCGGAAGGUGCAGACGAGGGCGGAGAGGCGCCAGAGGAGGAGCAGCCGAUGGAAGAUGAUGCCGUGGCUGAGGCUGACUGA